AUGUGGAAACUGGGGAUGGGGAGAAAGAUCAUGGAGCGCCAGGUGGAAGAGGAGGCCCACCAACUUGUGAAGAUCUUUGCAAGUACCAAAGGGCAACCCUUUGAUCCUUUACCAGCCAUCACUAACUCAGUUUGCAAUAUGGUGUGUGCUGUGAACUUUGGAUACCGAUUUUCUCUUGAAGAUGAAAACUUCCAGAUACUGAUCAAAACCAUUGAUUUUGGCACGAACUUUGGAAGCACUUACGUUUUUUUGCUCUAUGAAUUGUUUCCAUGGAUCAUGAAACAUCUCCCGGGGCCCCACAACAAGCUCUUGUCCCUCAUGGAGGCGGUGAUGUCAUUUAUAAGGCAAGAGAUAAAGAGACAUAAGACGCACCAGAACUUGCAUGAACCGAGCGAUUUCAUCGAUUUCUACCUGCUUCAGAUGGAGAAAGUAAACUCCAGCACAACCUCCUUCGAUGAAGAAAACCUGGCUGUAUCUAUUGCAGAAUUUUUUAUUGCGGGAACAGAGACCAUGAGUAUCACUUUGCAAUGGGGGCUGCUCCUUAUGGUGGCUUAUCCGGAAAUCCAAGAAAAGGUCUACAAAGAGAUGACAGAUGUCUUUGGUUCCUUGCACUACAUUUCCUAUCAAGAUCGGAAGAAACUGCCCUACACCAACGCUGUGAUUCACGAGAUCCAACGUUUCAGAUACAUCUUAUACACUAGUAUUGCCAGAUACUCUGUGAAGGACACGGAAGUGCUUGGCAUUCACGUUCCAAAGGGAACCAUAAUUCUUCCAGAUGUAAGCUCUGCCAUGUUUGAUCCCGAACAAUGGGAGACACCUGAACAGUUUAACCCACAUCACUUUUUGGACAAAGAUGGGAAUUUUAUGCCUAAAGAUGCAUUUCUACCAUUUGGAGCAGGUGCCCGGGUGUGUUUAGGGGAACAGUUAGCGAAGGUAGAGCUCUUCCUUUUCUUCACCAGCUUGUUGAGGGCAUUCACCUUGCAACUGCCAGAAGGAGCAGGAAAACCCAAUUUGGAGCCUGCAAUUGGCGUGAUAGUUCACCCUCAUGCUUACCAACUCUGUGCUAUUCCCCGAUGUAAUUCAUAA